UUUAUGUUUUUACAAGUAAGAUUUUGUUUAUAAUUCUGUUACCUAUAAAAAUACAGCUUUGGGGUUUUACAUCAUGUUAUGCUUAAAUACUGGGAAUCUGGGAAUUCCAAAUUUGUUCUCAUUUGUUAAUGCAUAGGUAUACUCAUAAACAAAUGUGUUUUGGUAGAUUUUAGGAAACCUCAUUCUUGUUCAGUUCAGUUCUUGGUGAAAAAUGGUGAAUGCGGGGUUAAUUCGAGGGAGCAAGACUUCGAAUUCAGUUACUGUGAGCUUUAAAUUACCUUAUUAUACCCACUGGGGGCGGCACCUUCUGGUCUGUGGUUCAGAACCGGUGCUUGGGUCAUGGAAUGUGCAGAAAGGCCUUCUUUUGAAGCCUGUUCAUCGAGGGGAUGAACUCAUUUGGUCUGGGAGUCUGCCUGUUCCGAAUGGAUUUGGAUGUGAGUACAGUUAUUAUGUGGUGGAUGAUGACAGGAAUAUUCUAAGAUGGGAGGGUGGAAGGAAGAGAAAACUGAUAUUACCUAUUGGUGUUCAGGAUGGAGAGUCUGUGGAACUUCACGACCUUUGGCAGACUGGUUCUGAUGAUCUCCCUUUCAGAAGUGCCUUUAAAAAUGCAAUCUUCCGUAGUAGUUGGAUUUUAGAAGUGGAGAAACCCCUGCACAAAAUUCGAAAUCAAUUGAAUCAGGAAGAUUCAGUCAUUGAACAGUUCCGAAUUUGCUGCCCAAAUAUUGAAGAAAAAACAUCAAUUUGUCUUAUUUGUAGUCCUUUGAAGCUGGGGCAAUGGAAGGUUCAGGAUAGACUAAAACUCAAUUAUAUUGGUGAAUCUAUUUGGCAAGCAGAAUGUGCGAUGCGGAAGGAAGACUUCCCUCUAAAAUAUCCUAAGGAAGACUUCCCUCUAAAAUAUCCUUUCUGGUGCAUGGUUUUAGGAAUAGUGCUAGUUGUUGCUUGA